AUGCAGAACCCAUUCGCCAGCGGCUCGACGUCGACAGCGACCCAUCUCGGCGAAUCCUCGUCGUCGCCCUCGCGGCCCACGACGCGCGAUGGCUCCGCCGUCUCGGCCGCGCUGGGCCUGCUGAGCGGCAGCCUGUCCAAGGAGCGCAAGGCGUCGUUUUCGCGCAAGGCCUCGCUGUCGGGCGCGCGCCGUCGCAGCAGCGUCUCCACGGCGGCGGGUAGCGGCAGCAUGGCCGCCGAUGCCGUCAUGACGGACGACUCGGCGCCGCCCGCCCUGCCCGAAUACGCCCUCGCCGCCGCGGCCAAGAUUGCCCCCCGCGACCCCGUGCGCACUCCCAUCAGCCCCGAAGGCGGCAUCGUGUCGGCCAUGGGCCGCCCCGCGACCAGUCACACCUUUAUGCUGCCGCCGCAGACGCCCUCGACGGCCAUGGGCGUGAGCCCGACGCAGUGGCGGCAGAGCGAGGUGGCCAUGAUGCAUCAGCAGAUUAUCGAGGCAGCGCAGAAGCGCAUGUCGACGCUGAAUUAUCUCCGCAAGGCUCAUGAAGGCCGCGUGUACUGGUUCAACACAUAUCUGUUCGAAAAGUCGGACCUCAGCCGCAUGCCCGCCUACGACCCGCGCAAACUCGCCCGCAAGGCUACUAACAUUCUCCUCCUCGGCGUCUCCAUCCCCACCAUCAACGACCUGUACUCGUCCACCCCCGUCGAGUUUCUGCGCUGCCUCAACAGCCUCUUUUCCGAGUUUGACUCGUUCCAGCAGCUACACGGCGACUCGUCCUCAUCCCUGUCCCGCGCCCGGCUGCCUAACAUGUUCCGUCGGCCGGGCGGAAAGUCGCGUCGAUCGACCUCGACAGCCGACAUGUCGCUCACCGAGGACCAUGGGCAGGGCGGUGGCGGCGGUCUCCCCGCGGCGGGCACGGGCGGCAGCGGCCCCCCCGUCAUGAACUUUGCCGCCGCAGAGUCAGAUUUGCUCCCCGGUGAGGAGUACACGUACCUGCUGACACCGUCGCUGCCGUUUGACCCUGACUUCUUCGAGACAUUUGCUACGCUGUGCGAUGUGCUCAUCGACUCGUACAGCCGGUUCCUCACGCUGAUGCCCACGCCGCGCGAGUGCUCCGCGCCCGUCGCCGAGCUGUUUGCGAAGGCUGACGCCAAAGUCCGCAAGCUUAUUGUGCAGAAUAUUGUCAAGGAUUUCGAGGAGCACAGCAAGGCACACAUCAAGUCCGAGGUAGCCAACAUUGGCAAGGUCGUCUUGAGCGGGCUCAUGUAA